UGUGUGUGUACGUGUGUGUGCGUGUGUGAGCGUGCGUGUGUGUGCGUGAGUGUGUGUGUGUGUAUAUGCGUGCGUGCAAGGUGUGCGCGGGGCGGGUGUUGGGUGUCGGUAUUGACUGGGGAGGAUCCUGCUCAUUCGCGUCGCUGCCUCCGUCGCCGCCGCACCAGUGUCCCUCGCGCGGCCCUGUGACCCAGCAGCAGCAGCAGCAGCAGCAGCAGAGAGUGUGAUGGCCACCAACGGCGCCCCCAACAACAGUUCCUCCUCCUCCUCGGCCUCAUCGAACAACAGCGGACAGCAGCAGCAGCAGCCUCCUUCGGACCCCACCGGCCAGAGCAUCAACUCCAUCAUGCAGGUCUUCCCGCCCAUCGUCGAGCUGAACGUGGGCGGAGUGUUUUACACGACCGCCCUCACCACGCUCCAGAAGGAGACCGACUCGCUCCUCGGGCAGAUGUUCACGGGCAAGUCGAAGACGCCCGUCCUCCGGGACUCGAAGGGCAAGUUCUUCAUCGACAGGGACGGGGUGCUCUUCCGCUACAUCCUGGACUACCUCCGCAACCAGAAGCUGGUCCUGCCGGAGAACUUCAGCGAGCGCGAGCGCCUGAAGAAGGAGGCCGACUUCUUCCAGCUGCAGGAGAUGAUCGACUCGCUCACGCUGCCCAAGUCGCUCAGCCCCGUCGACCCGGCUUUUUUAGUGCGGACCUCCGUCGGGACCAUCACGGUCUCGUACCGCGGGACGUUCGCCUUCGGCCGUGACGGGCUGGCCGACGUCAAGUUCCGCAAGAUCAACCGCAUCCUGGUGUGCGGCCGCCUGACCCACUGCAGGGAGGUCUUCGGCGACACCCUCAACGAGUCCCGCGACCCGGACCGCGGCGCCAUGGACCGCUACACCUCGCGCUUCUUCCUCAAGCACACCUUCCUCGAGCAGGCCUUCGACAUGCUGGUGCUGGCCGGGUACAAGUGCCAGGGCUCCUGCGCCAACGGCACCGCCGGCGGCAUGAUGGUCGACAAGAAGCCCGGCAGCGACUCGGAGGAGGACCGCUGGAACCACUACAACGAAUUCGUGUGGGUCAGGGAAUAAUCGACGGACGGGGUCUUCGAGGGGCCCCCCCGGUCGUCGUCGUCGUCGUCCUUCUCGGCGGACGCCGCCAGGUCGCCCUCGGAUGUCAGCCGAAAUAUCUUCUGACCGACCCCAGGCGCUGCCUCCCAAUCAAACCCCGACUGCAGCCUUUGCCGACGCUGAAGAAGAAGUUCCCUCCCGACUCGUAACAACUCGAAGAAGUUCCCCCUAAAAUUGACGCUGAUCACAUUAGUAUUAAAAAGUCGAGUUUUAAACCACAAAUUCAAAAACUGAAAUUCGCCCUUGAAAUCCAAUUGAAACUACGACGAAGUCAACUUUCAAAAUACACCCGAAAGCACAAUAAACUGAACUUUUCAAAACAAUUCUGAAAACACAGAAAUGCCGGAAAAAAGAAGACAAAACCGAUGGAAAGCGUAUUGGCACCAUGUCAUCACGAGGGAAUAGAAAAUUUCUUUCGGGCCUCUGGCGAAGUGUUUACGAUGAGUGACGGAGUACCUGGCGUUUUGUGAUGAUGUUGUCGAGAAAAUAAAUUAGCCUGUCAGUCAGGACAGUGCGGAGUUUUUAUUUUCUCUUGGAAAGGUUGAAAUGAGUACGUGCGUCCGUAUUAAUUGUUCGUCAAGAGAGAGAGAUAGAUCUAUUUGGUCAUGCCUAUGACGUCAAGCCACCCCUUCAAAAAAAAAUAGAAGUUGUUUCUUUAUGAGAGUUGGAUAAUAGCCAGGAAAUCGACUUGAGUACGUUUUUUGAGGGCUGCUGAUGUUGAUGGGAUAUCUCGAUGUCGCGGAACGUGGUUGAUGAAAUCAUUGAAAGUGAGAUGAUACGAAAUUAAAUUAGACGAUAAUGUUAAAACGCUUUCCAAAACUCAAAAGGAAAAUAAUCGCUUUACGAAGAGCGCUAGGGGAUCAAGAUAAGAACAAUCUAUAUUGUGUUACAAAGGGCUAACAAAAGUUUGGAAAGAGUGAUUCUCUGUGAAAAUAAAUAUAAAAUCGACCGUCAAUAAUCAUCCUCAAGGACAAAAAAUAACAAAACGUUUAGAAAAAAUCAAAUUUUCCCUCGAUGACAGAGAUCCCUUUCUUCAAGAGCUUCGUUUUCUUAAAAAAAAAAACAAAAUGAAAACGUUCGAAACGUUUCAGUGGGACAUUCUUUCGCCUUUUCUCGUAGCAGCUUCGCUAAAUAUAUAUAUUAUAUAUAUAAUAUAAAAAAAACCAUUACCAAAGUGUUUCAACCGAACUGUCAAUCAAAAGAUUGCUGUCCAUAAGAACAUUUAUAUUUUGGCCGAGUGGCUUUUUUUAUUGAAGUAACGCAACAGACAUUCGCCUUGUUUUUCUGUUUGUUUGUUUGUUUACCAAGAUGUUUUGACGUGACUGAUCUUUCUUUCUUCUGUGAUUGAUUGCAAGCGCAGAUUCACUGGGGAGAGACUUCGGAAAGAUUUUGUUCGCAACAAGUAAAUGGGGAAAACACGUACAUUCUGAUAUAGAAAACUGGAAGACGCUUUGCUUCUGAUGUAGAAAAUGGGAAGACACUUUUCUUCUGGUGUAGAAAAUGGGAAGAAGCAUUCUGUUUGAUAUAGAAAAUGGUGAUUCGGUGUCUGUUUGCGAUAUGAAAAAUGGAAAGUGUUUUGUUUCUGUUGUAGAAAAUGGGAAGACGCUUUCUGUUUCUGAUGUAGAAAAUGGUGAGUCGGUUUCUGUUUCCAAUAUGGGAAAUGGGAAGUGUUUUCUUUCUGAUGUAGAAAAUGGGAAGACGCUUUCUGUUUGUGAUAUAGAAAAUGGGAAGUAGGUUUCUGUUUCUGAUAAAGAAAAUGUGGGAAAAUGUAGAAGAAACGUUUCUGCUUAUUAUGGAGAAAGUGGUUGGGCAUUCUCAAUUCAGUAUAACUAAGCAACAAAAUUGGGAAAUAUUUUUCUGGUCUUAAAAAGAAAAGUGAUUCAAACCAUUUCUGUUCAGUCUAAGCAAAUGUUGAUAGGCUGUCUUUCCCGACAUAGAAAAUGGGAAAAGCGUUUUCUGUUGUUAUAGAAACAAAAAUAAAUUGUGAAAAAAUCUUUUGUUCGAUAGUGUGAAAAAUUUUCAGUUUCGACAAAGAAUGCAAGCUCCUAGUUCAUCCGAUCCAGACACAAAUCACAUGAAAAACAUCACGAACAAAAAAAACAAAAAAUAUAGCACUAACUAUUACGAGAAAAUGAACGCAAGAAUAAAAAUGAAAAUGAAAAGACACUAUCUUAAACCUGACAAGGAAAAAACCAAGCAUAAUAUCACUGAAAGAAAAAAAAUCAAAAACAGAAAAAAUCAGACAAAGGAAAAGGAAGCAAGUAUUUUAUUGAAUUAAUAAUAAUAAUAAUAAUGUAUGUGUAACAUUUCAUAUUUGUGCCAAAACAUGAUAUGCCUACGCUUUUAGUUGAUGCGUUCGUUCGUCAGUUGGUUUCCUUAUGAGUCAAAAUGUGUAUUUUUACAGUGUUAUUCGAGUAGACUCUUAAAAGCCAAAGCUGUUUUUUUUUUAUGUUGUGAUCAUCAUGUUCUUAGCUUCAGGCAGCUACUGAAUGUUGUUUUUUGUCUUGAAUAUGUAAAGACACAGGUGUUAGGUUACGACAAUUUUGUACUG